ACAUUUUCGGUUGAUAAUUAUUAAUAUUUGUUUACGCCGCAGCUGUCGCCGCCACCCUCGGCAUUGAAUUGUAUGUAGUUCUAGUUUUGUUAUAUCGUAUACUGAUAACUAUUGAAUUUCAAUAUUUUAUCCGUUUCCAUCGACUUUAAUUCUAAUUCUAAAAACAAUGGCAGAUUUAGAUGAUCAGCUGUUAGAGACUGGUAUUGAUUUAUCAUCAGAAGAACAAAGUGGUCAAGUGAAUAGUGAGAACAGCUUAACAUUUGACUUAAUUGAAAAUGGUCAGUCAAAUAAUGUGGACUCUCAAACAUCAGCAGACUCAGAUUUGGAAGUUAUACGAGCACGUGUACGUGAAAUGGAAGAAGAAGCUGAAAAAUUAAAAAAAUUACAAUCUCAGGUGGAUCAAGAAAUGUCAAAUACCCCAGUACUAUCAUCUGCAAAUUCAUCCAAAACAAGUUCAACCUACAAUUUAUCCGAACAAGAAAAAGCUGAAGCUGAUGCUAGGUCUGUCUAUGUUGGAAACGUAGAUUACGCAGCUACGGCUGAAGAACUUGAAGCCCAUUUUCAUGGGUGUGGUUCUAUUAAUCGAGUGACAAUAUUAUGUAAUAAGUUUGAUGGUCACCCUAAAGGAUUUGCAUACAUAGAAUUUGCUGAUAUGGAUUCUGUAAAUACUGCUAUGGCAAUGGAUGAUUCAUUAUUUAGAGGCCGUCAAAUAAAAGUUAAUCCUAAAAGAACUAACAAGCCUGGUAUUAGUACAACUAAUCGCCCUGUAGCAUCCAGAGGUAGAGGAAUGUAUAGGGGAAGACCCAUGUCACGUGGUAGUGCACCAACUGGAUUCUAUGGUGGUUAUCGGCCAAUUCGUAGACCAAGGGAACAAAUCUGAUUUGUAAGAUAGUCAAAGUGGUACUGUUAAAUGAUUUUGAGGGGAGGCUAUUCUAGAAGAGCAAUGUACUACCCAUACUGACGUUAAUACACUAAAAGUAUAAUUGGUGACAAAUAUAUCUUUGGAACUACAAAAGAUUAAGAUUAUAAAUAAAAAAAGACUUAGCUUUAUAAAAUAAGUGCUUAACUUUUGUAUAUAUACAUAAAAAUUAAAAAUUAUUAUAUAGUCUUUUAGACUAUUGGAAAUGUAUUUUCUUACAUUUAUUAUUAUUUUCUUUUUUUAUAACUUAACUAAGUAUGGUAUAUAUAUAUAUGUAUGGUAUAUAUAUAUAUAUAUAUGUAUAUCCUCUUAUAACUAAUAUAAAUUAA